AUGGGCAUGGCGAAGCGGGCGCUCCCGCGGCUGGUGGCCUCGCUGCGGCCGCUCAGCUCGACAGCUAGUACGCUUCCCAGGCACGUUAAAAUAGUUGAGGUUGGUCCACGGGAUGGCCUGCAAAAUGAAAAGAACAUUGUUCCCACUCAAGUGAAAAUAGACUUUAUCAACAUGCUGUCAGAAACUGGUCUUUCGGUCAUAGAAGCUACCAGUUUUGUGUCUCCUAAAUGGGUCCCUCAGAUGGCAGACCACGCUGAAGUCAUGCAAGGAAUCCGCAAGGUUUCGGGCAUCAACUACCCUGUUCUGACCCCCAAUCUUAAAGGUUUUCAAGCAGCGGUGGCAGCAGGAGCCAAGGAGGUGUCGAUCUUUGGAGCGGCCUCGGAGCUCUUCACGAAGAAGAACAUCAACUGCUCCAUUGACGAAAGCCUGCAGAGAUUCAGCGAUGUGCUGAGUGCGGCGAAAGAAGCCAGCAUCCCAGUCCGAGGGUACGUCUCCUGCGUCCUUGGCUGUCCUUACGAAGGAAAGAUUGCUCCAGCUAAAGUAGCAGAGGUAUCAAAGAAAAUGUAUGCCAUGGGGUGCUAUGAGAUUUCCCUGGGUGACACCAUUGGAGUUGGGACGCCUGGCAACAUGAAGGAGAUGCUCUCUGCGGUCAUGAAGGAGAUUCCUGUCGGGGCUAUUGCAGUGCAUUGCCAUGAUACUUACGGGCAGGCCCUUGCCAACACGCUGGUGGCGCUCCAGAUGGGCGUGAGCGUGGUUGAUUCCUCAGUGGCCGGUCUCGGGGGCUGCCCCUACGCACAAGGAGCGUCCGGGAAUGUGGCAACUGAAGAUAUGGUGUACAUGCUUGAGGGCCUGGGCAUCCAUACAGGUGUAGACCUACCAAAGCUCCUGGAAGCCGGCUCCUUCAUCUGCAAAGCGUUGAACAGGAAGACCAGUUCAAAAGUGGCUCAGGCGUCUUGCAAACUGUGA